GUACACGAAUUGGAGGAAACCAAACCCGUUUUCGCGCCAAAGCGCGUGUGAAUAGAACAGAAAAGCGAGGCCUCAGCAUAGAUAAAGACGGGGCGAAGACAGGGGAGUCAUGAAUCGAACCCCUAGUAGGCUUAGAAGCCUUCUCAAAAGAGCACGCAGCUUUAUUGGACUCGCCGCCACCACCACUUCUCUCGCUGCGUCGUCUCUUUCUACCUCCUCCGCUCCUAAGGUAACCACAUCCACCGCCAUGGAAGACCUCAAGACCCGUCUCUGCAUCAUCGGCAGUGGCCCUGCCGCCCACACUGCCGCUAUCUAUGCUGCCCGUGCUGAGCUCAAGCCUAUUCUUUUUGAAGGCUGGAUGGCCAAUGACAUCGCCCCUGGUGGCCAGCUUACUACCACCUCAGAGGUCGAGAACUUCCCCGGUUUCCCUGACGGGAUUCAGGGUGGCGAACUUAUGGACCGAUGCCGCGCUCAAUCCGUCCGCUUCGGUACCCAGAUCUACACCGAAACCGUUAACAAGGUCGAUUUCUCUUCCAAUCCCUUCAAGGUGUUCACUGACUCCAAGGCCGUCCUCGCUGAUUCUGUCAUCGUUGCAACCGGCGCCGUCGCCAAGCGCCUUAACUUCCCGGGCUCGGAUACUUUCUGGAAUCGAGGCGUUUCGGCCUGCGCGGUAUGCGAUGGGGCCGCCCCAAUUUUUAGGGACAAGCCUCUAGCCGUGAUUGGCGGAGGGGAUUCGGCCAUGGAAGAAGCCACUUUUCUCACCAAAUAUGGUUCCAAAGUUUAUAUAAUUCACAGGAGGGAUACUUUUAGAGCAUCCAAGAUUAUGCAGAAUAGGGCCUUAAGCAAUCCAAAGAUCGAGGUCAUUUGGAAUUCGGUGGUGGUGGAGGCUAACGGAGACCGCCUAUUGGGUGGGCUGAAAGUGAAGAACAUCGAGACUGGACAAGUUUGUGAUUUGAAGGUGUCCGGAUUGUUCUUUGCCAUUGGGCAUGAGCCUGCUACCAAGUUCUUGGAUGGGCAGCUCCAACUCGACUCCGAUGGUUACGUUGUGACCAAACCAGGCACCACUCAGACCAGCGUGCGUGGUGUUUUUGCAGCUGGAGAUGUCCAGGACAAGAAGUACAGGCAGGCUGUUACUGCUGCCGGCACUGGUUGCAUGGCAGCCUUGGAAGCAGAACAUUACUUGCAAGAGAUUGGUUCGCAGGAAGGUAAGAGCGAUUGACUAUCUAGGAUAUAAGAGGUAAAUUGGAGGUAGUCAGUGAUAAGUGAUUUUUUAACAACAAAGGUAUGAAAGGACAUCACUGGAUGUGUUGCAGCUAUUUAGUUGGAUUAUAGACAAUUUUCAACAUUUGGUUACAAAAUGAACUUGAUUUGAAAAAAUGUUUGCUCAUUUUAUCAAUUCAAUUUGAAAUGGAAUUUCUGGGAUUUGCUUUUGUGAAGGCCUUAUCUUUCCUCUGAUUUUGUAUGUACUUUCUUAAGGAAUGGUGAAAAAUUUACAUCUUGGUGCCGACUUGU